ACUCCUCCACAGAUCCCCCUUAACAGAAGAGGAAAGUUCUAGCCAUGGCUACUAUCGACCAAGCUCCAAGCCAAGAAGAAACGAAACCCACAAACCCUAGCCAUGAUCCCGAGGCACAACCGACGGAGGACGUCGAAAUAGAGAUUGUGGAUUACUCCAAACGAGCCCAGUGGCUGAGAGCCGCCGUUCUGGGCGCGAAUGACGGGCUGCUGUCCACCGCAGCGCUGAUGAUCGGCGUCGGGGCGGUGAAGAAGGACGUCCAGACCAUGAUCCUCACCGGCGCCGCCGGCAUGGUGGCUGGAGCUUGCAGCAUGGCCAUCGGAGAGUUCGUCUCCGUUUACACGCAGUACGACAUAGAGAUGGCGCAGAUAAGGAGAGAUCAGGCCCAGCGGGCCGGAGAGGCGGUGGAGGAGAGGAAGAAGAGGCUGCCGAACCCGUUUAGCGCCGCGGCGGCCUCCGCGGUGGCGUUCGCGGUGGGGGCGAUGGUGCCGCUGCUGGCGGCUGCGUUCAUAAAGGGGUAUAGGGUGAGGCUGGCGGUGGUGGUGGCGGCGGCGAGCCUGGCGCUGGUAGGGUUUGGAGGGUUGAGUGCGGUGCUGGGAAGGGCGCCAUUGGUGAAGUCUUCUUUGAGGGUUUUGGUUGGAGGGUGGCUGGCCAUGGCCAUCACCUUUGGCUUGACAAAGCUCAUUGGCUCCACUGGGAUUUAACCCUAGUUUUCUUUUUCUUAGCUUGAACGUGGGUUGGCUGCUUUCAUUUCCUCAAGUCAUGUAUUUGUAAAAUAUUUAAAUUAUUGAAUAGUAUGAACUUAUAUUUCUCUUUAAAUAGA